AUGGGUGUCUCCAUCAUAGACGCCCAGCGCGACAUCAUCCUAAAUGUGAUACGUUCUACCACCCAGGGCCAAUGGAAAGUCCUGGUCCUCGAUGACUCCAGCAAGAAGCUGCUCGACAAUGUCCUGCACCCCGACGACAUUCUAAACGAGAGCAUUACCAACAUCGAGAAGAUCGAGGACCGUCGGCCGAAGAACCCUGAUGUCGACGCCAUCUACCUGAUCACCCCUCAAACUCAUAUCGUCGACUGUGUCAUGGCCGACCUCGACCGCCGACGCUACAGGAAGACCAACCUGAUUUGGACCUCGUUGCUACCCCCUCAGAUGAAAGAGCGUCUCGACAAGUCUUCGGUUGCCCGUGAACAAAUCACCAUCUUCCGUGUUCUCAACAUCGACUUCUUCCCUCGCGAAUCACAUCUCGUCACUUUCCGAGACCCAUGGAGUUUCCCUAUACUCUUCCACCCUGCCUGCAACAACCUCAUUCGCCAGCAUAUGGAAGACUUAGCCCAGAAGAUAGUCGGCGUCUGUGUGGCUCUAGGCGAGUUCCCGGACAUCAGGUAUUACCGCCCGCGCACUCCUACUCAUGAGGCCAGUGUGCUCUGCUCUCACCUCGCUCGCUUUGUUCAGGAGGAGCUCAAUCUGUACGCCAAUUUCCACAAAGACUUUCCUCCGCCAAGUAAUCGUCCCCGCGCAACUUUGUACAUCACCGAUAGAUCCAUGGACGUCUUUGCGCCUUUGCUCCAUGAGUUCACUUACCAAGCCAUGGCUCAUGAUCUGCUACCAAUCCGUGAAGGAGACAAGAUCACAUACAAGACGAUUGUCAACCAAGGAACUCCUAAGCAGGAGGAAAAGGAUUUCGAAAUCUCCGAAAAGGAUCGCAUUUGGGUUGAGAACCGCCAUCUCCAUAUGAAAGACACUAUCGAGAAGCUCAUGGGCGACUUUCAAAAAUUCAUCGACGAGAAUCCUCAUUUCACAAAAGAAAGCGAUCCAAACGGCAUGAAUGGUCUUAAUACUAUCAAGGACAUGCUGGCUGGCCUUCCACAGUUUGAAGAAAUGAAAGGAGCGUAUUCUCUGCAUCUUGGUAUGGCUCAGGAGUGUAUGGAUUUAUUCCAGCGUCACAAGCUUCCGGACAUGGCCUCGGUCGAGCAGAUUCUGGCUACCGGCCUUGACGAAGACUACAGAAAACCCAAGCACGUGACAGAUCAGGUUGUACGCACUUUGGACGACGACGCGAUCGUGAUGCCUGACAGACUCCGGUUGAUCGCACUUUACCUCAUCUACAAAGAUGGAUUACUUCCCACAGAUCUUGUCAAGCUCUUGCUUCAUGCUCAGCUCCCCCCUCAACACGCCGAAACGUUGCACAACCUUGAGCUUCUUGGAGUCCGUACGUCGAGAAAUCUCAAAGACUCACGUCCACCGCCGAUUCCUCUCUUCCCCCAGAAGCCGCCGCCGACCCUGGUACAAGAAGAGUAUGCUCUGAGUCGCUUUGAGACAGGCCUCCAACGGCUUCUGGAUAAUCACACGACCAACACUGUUGAUGCUACUGUAUUUCCAUACAUCAAGCCACCGAUCGAUAUGGGCGACAACGAUGUUGGCGCUGCACCUGCUUCGUUGCGCUCAGCCAAACCGACGUGGGCCAAGGCAAAAUCAUCGACCACAGAGCCUCGGCAAAGGGUGAUGGUUUUCAUGGCCGGAGGCGCGACAUAUUCGGAAAGUCGGGUGUGUUACGAUAUGAUGCGGCAAAGCAACAAGGAGGUGUUUUUGUUGACUAGCCAUAUGCUUACACCAGCCUUCUUUUUGCGUCAGGUAGGAGAUCUGGGCACAGACAAACGCAAACUAGGCAUACCGGCCGAGCAGCCACCCAAGCAGGCGCCGGCUCAUUUGUUUGAGCGAGAUGAACCGGCACCGGCACCACGACCAGUACAGGCGCCGCCAAAACCUGUCGCUCCAGCUCAAGCGCCCACGCAGGCCAUGGGCAACAUGAAUCUUGGUUCGAAGCAGUCCAACGGCGCGGCACCAGCAGCACCGGAGCAGAGUGCAUCGAAGCUACAAAAGGAUCCUGAAAAGAAGAAGCGUCAUUUCUUUUCAAGCAAGAGAGGAUAG